GGGCAGGUCCGAGGGGGUCGGCGCGCCGGGUCCUGGGGAUCGACGAGCCGGGUCCCGACGGAGGGCGGUCCUGGUGGGGGCGGCAGGUGGGCUGCGGGUCCGCUUUGCUCCCGGGAGCGCGCGGAAAGCUCGCCCCACGAGCCUCCAGCAGCACGCACUUCUCCGCGACCCCGGAAGUGGGCGUGACGCGACACGUCUCAGCCAAUCAUGAGCUCCCGGCCUUCGCGUCACCGCGAAGCCGGCCAAUGGGCGCGGGCCUGGCCGCCGCUUCCUGCCCGCCCGUUCGGCCGGCCCGCGGGGGAGGGCCGGCGAGGUUUCCCGGCCGCCGAGGGGCAAUCGCCGCGACCCGGCCGCUCGGCGCCGGCCCAGCGCUGGAACCCCGUGGGUGGCUUCUGUGAGAAGCUCCUGCCGAGUGAUCGCUGGCCGUGGAGUGACGUGAGUGGGCUCCAGCACCGGCCGCUGGAUGGGGUGGCGCUGCCCUCGCUGCACUGGGAAUGGGAAUCAGACUGGUACGUGGAUGAGAAUUUUGGAGGGGAACCCACCGAGAAAGGGGGGUGGACGUAUGCCAUCGACUUCCCUGCCACCUACACCAGGGACAAGAAGUGGAAUUCUUGCGUGCGGAGGCGACGGUGGAUCCGGUACAGGAGAUACAAGUCCCGCGACUCCUGGGCCAAGAUCCCUUCGAAGGAUGACCCCAAGCAACUGCCCGACCCCUUCAAUGACCUCUCUGUGGGGGGAUGGGAAAUCACAGAUGAGCCCGUGGGCCGCCUGUCUGUGUGGGCCGUGUCUCUGCAGGGAAAGGUGUGGUACAGAGAGGAUGUCAGCCACCCCAACCCCGAGGGCUCAUCCUGGUCCCUCAUGGACACCCCAGCAGAGGCAGCCCAGAUCAGCUGUGGGCCCCACGACCUCCUGUGGGUUACGCUCUGGGAGGGGCAAGCCUUGGUCCGGGAAGGAAUCAGCAGGAACAAUCCCAAAGGAAGUUCCUGGUCCGUGGUGGAGCCUCCCACAUCUGAAAACGGGAUCAUGCACGUCUCGGUGGGAGUCGCUGUGGUCUGGGCCAUCACCAAGGACCGGAAAGUGUGGUUCCGCAGAGGCGUCAAUUCCCACAACCCCUGUGGCACCAGCUGGAUCGAGAUGGUUGGAGAGAUGACGAUGGUGAAUGUGGGGCUGAACGACCAGGUCUGGGGCAUCAGCUGUGACGACCGGGCCAUGUACUUCCGUCAGGGCGUCACCCCGAGCGAGCUCAGUGGGAAGACAUGGAAGGCCAUUGUCGCCGGCCGAGAGAGUGACCGGUCGCACUCCGGCAGCUCCUUGAGUCUCCUCAGCGCUGGCUGCUUCUUUGGCGACGAGGUGAGGGGCAGUGGCGAGUCCUGUGCCCCGAGCGACACGGACGCCUCCUCGGAUGCUGAGAGACCGGGGCCUGACCAGCCAGUCCCUGCAGAGUCUCUGGACUGUCCCGGGGACCCCAAGGGCAGCUCGGCCUCCGGCCCAGGCACCAGCAGGACCACAGAGCAUCCCGCGGAGGUCGCCAGCCCUGCCACUCAGACCCCCAGGCCUGAGCCUCGCCCUGGUCCGGCCUGCACCCCGGCUGAGGUGCCCUGGACCAAUAUCGACCUGAAGGAGCCUAAGAAAACGCCCAGCCACCCGCUUGCAGGCCUUCCUGAGACCACCGGGCUCUCUUCGCUGGAGGUCCUCCCCCUGGGCCUGGAGGAGCCCUACGGCGCCGACGACCACCCGCUCUGGGCCUGGGUGUCUGGAGGAGGCUGUGCCGUGGAGGCUCACUCUGUGCUGAAGUGGUUCUCUGUGCAGUUGGGCCUGUCGCCCUCGGUGCAGACGCUUUCCCUGUCCAUCACGCCGGCGCAGACGGCCGCCUGGAGGAAACAGGUCUUCCAGCAGCUCACGGAAAGGACCAAGCGGGAGCUGGAGAACUUCCGACACUACGAGCAGGCCGUGGAGCAGUCGGUGUGGGUGAAGACAGGGACUCUGCAGUGGUGGUGCAACUGGAAGCCCCACAAGUGGGUGGACGUCCGCGUGGCCCUGGAGCAGUUCACGGGGCACGACGGGGCCCGGGACAGCAUCCUCUUCAUCUACUACGUGGUCCACGAGGAGAAGAAGUACAUCCACGUGUUCCUCAACGAGGUGACAGCGCUGGUCCCCGUGCUCAAUGAGGCCAAGCACUCCUUUGCCCUCUACACCCCGGAGAGGACCCGGCAGAGGUGGCCUGUGCGUCUGGCUGCUGCCACAGAGCAGGACAUGAACGACUGGCUCGCCCUGCUCAGCCUGUCCUGCUGCGAGAGCCGGAAGGUGCACGGCCGCCCGUCCCCACAGGCCAUCUGGUCCAUCACCUGCAAGGGAGACAUCUUUGUGAGUGAGCCCAGCCCAGACCUGGAGGACCCCGCGCACCCGCUGCCCUGCGACCAGAUGUUCUGGAGGCAGGUGGGAGGCCACCUGCGGGUGGUGGAGGCCAACAGCCGGGGCGUGGUGUGGGGCAUCGGCUACGACCACACGGCCUGGGUGUACACGGGCGGCUACGGCGGAGGCUGCUUUCAAGGCCUGGCCAGCAGCUCCAGUAACAUCUACACCCAGUCGGACGUCAAGAGCGUCUAUAUCUACGAGAACCAGCGUUGGAACCCCGUCACGGGCUACACCAGCAGGGGUCUGCCCACCGACCGGUACAUGUGGAGCGAUGCCACGGGGCUGCAGGAGUGCACCAAGGCCAGCACGAAGCCCCCGUCCCUGCAGUGGAGCUGGGUUUCUGACUGGUCCAUCGACUUCAGCGUUCCUGGGGGCACUGACCAGGAAGGGUGGCAGUACGCCAGUGACUUCCCUGCCUCAUAUCACGGGUACAAAACCAUGAAGGAUUUUGUCAGGAGAAGGUGCUGGGCCAGGAAAUGCAAGCUGGUGACCAGUGGACCCUGGCUGGAGGUGGCCCCCAUUGCCCUCGGGGACGUGUCCAUCAUCCCCGAGAGCCCGGGCGCCAGUGGGAACGGGCACAGCGUCGCGCUCUGGGCCGUCAGUGACAAAGGGGACGUGCUGUGCCGCCUGGGUGUGUCCGAGCUCAACCCUGCGGGCUCCUCCUGGCUGCACGUGGGCACCGACCAGCCCUUCGCCUCCAUUUCCAUCGGGGCCUGCUACCAGGUGUGGGCCGUGGCGAGGGACGGCUCUGCCUUCUACCGGGGCUCGGUGUCCCCCUCCCAGCCGGCCGGUGACUGCUGGUACCACAUCCCGUCUCCUCCCAAACAGAGGCUCAAGCAGGUGUCUGUGGGCCAGACGGCCGUCUACGCCCUGGACGAAAACGGGAACCUGUGGUAUCGCCAGGGGGUCACGCCCAGCUACCCGCAGGGCUCCAGCUGGGAGCACGUGUCCAACAACGUGCGCCGCGUGUCCGUGGGGCCCCUGGACCAGGUCUGGGUCAUCGCCAACAAAGUCCAGGGGAGCCACAGCCUGAGCCGGGGAACCGUGUGUCAUCGCACAGGCGUGCAGCCCCACGAACCCAAGGGGCAGGGCUGGGACUACGGCAUCGGGGGUGGCUGGGAUCACAUCUCCAUCAGGGCCAAUGCCACCAGGGCCCCCAGGAGCGCGUCCCAGGAGACAGCCGGCGAGCGGAGCGGGGAGCAGGGUCUCCCCAGUGGGCCCGCGCAGGUGGCCGGCGCCCUGCAGGAGUCGCUCGGCCCCGUCUGCUGCUGAGGCCGCCUCCCCUCACGUGGAAGCGAGAGUGGUGCCCAGUUUGAAGGAUGAAGAUUGAUGCCUGAGUCUUCCUGUGCUGAAAUGUGGAUCCUCGAGACUCCAGCGGGAACCUGGCCUGAGGUCGCGGCCGCCUCGGAGGCACUAACUGAGAAAGCCCAGAAAUGUGAAGCUUUGUGGAUGCCCCACACAUGUCCCUGGUCUGCAAGGAGGGCUCGGAGCGUAGGGUGGAGGGUAGGGGCCCCUUCCCCUCUGCCUCCCAGCGUGGGAAAUGGAUCCGGGAGCUUUCCAGGGGCGCUGCCCCCGGGGAAGCGGAGCCGCACAGGAGUCCCCGAGCCCCGGGCGUCCCCAAGCAGCAUCAGGGCCCUGCCGCCUCCCCGUGAAAAACGGCUGUGGGGCUCAGCGCUGCUUUGGCCCGUGCUGUGGUCAUUUCUCAGAGCAGGACUUGAAAAUACAGUUUCAUUUCAAAGGUUAGGGAAGGAGUUGGCAGGUUGGGAAUAAAUGCUGGAGGGAGCAUCUUCUUCCCCCGUUGGGCACGGGCCCUCCUGGAGUGGAUGGAGGACAGUGGGGCUGCCCCAGGACCAUGAGAAGGUGCCAGCCCUUCCCCAGAUGAGGUUAGGGGGCAGGGGGCUCAGCGGAGAGGGAGGGAGUGGGGAUGAAGGGAGGGCUGUGGAGGCCACAUCAUCCCCCCUGGGGCAAGUCGGGCCAGGCCAGGAGGAAAGCACCUCUCAGUGGCCCUGGUCCCACCGGGCAGCUUUUUAUCCCUCCCGGCCCCACCUGGGGACGUCUGCCGUCUGCUUCUUACAACCGCACCCUUGGCCCCAGUCAUCAGAGCUCAGGUCAGUCUCUCCUCCUUUUGAGAUGGAACCAACUGUCCCCAGCUCUGCGGGCAUUCCCUCGGGAGGGGUCCGCUCUGUGUUUGAUCCCGUUUUGCUGUGUGGUGUGUGGUGUUGUCACCCUGAAGCUGACGCUAAGGAGGUCUCCUGUGGGGUCCCCUCCCACGGGGCUUUGAGGGAGCCCAUGGUCCCUGCGUUGGCCGUGUGUCCUGGAGAUAGGACCAGGAGGCGUGAGUCUGGGUGCAGAGUGGAGUGACGCCCUCUUGUCUGUCUACACUGCAUGGCAGGCUUUCUCCAAAUGGGCAUUAUGAGUUUCUUCUAUGGCAGCAACCUGUUGACCUGUCGUUCUGCUGGGACUCUGUCUGUAGCUGGUUUCACCCUGCCCUUUCUCCAGGGCGACCGUCCUCUCACUGCUGAGCACCAACUGUUUACCUGCUCAGCAUCAGCGAACAUCUGGAUUCCUCAGAUGCUUCGUUCAAUAAAAACUUGCACCAGAGUGUAAA